ACCGUGUCUCGUUGAUGCCAUUCAACGGUAACAGAAACUUCUUCCACUUUGCUUAUUUGACGACUCCUCAGUGAAGAAGCAUAAUAAUAAACCCUUGUGCUACCUUUCUUUUUCACACAGGCUUCUUGAUCUUUGCGACGAAACUAGCGCCAAGCUUGUGAAACUGAGUUGAUUGAAGCUGCGGAUCACAAUGGACUCGCAUUUGGAUACUCAUUCUGUGCCGGAUCCCAUUCAUGAAGAGAUAAUUACUCCUCCUAAAGUUGGGUUCAGGUUCCAUCCAACUGAUGAAGAAAUCAUUGGAUAUUAUCUGAAGCACAAAAUGAAUGGCAAAGAUUCCCUUGUUAAUCAUAUCAUUGGCGAGAUUGAUCUCUGCCAGUGCGAGCCAAGCGAUAUACCUGAGCUUUGCUUAAUAUCAUCAAAUGAUAAAGUUUGGUAUUUCUUCAAUCGGCCUGAUUACAAAUAUUCUAAUAGUAAACGAGCCAACAGAAUGACGAGGGCUGGGUUCUGGAAAAUCACAGGGAAGAUACGCUAUGUCAAAGCUGGGGACACAGGUGAGGAGAUUGGUAGCAAGAGGAGUUUGGUUUUCUACUCGAAAGUCCAUGAUUCUAAACCACUCAGAACCAAUUGGGUCAUACAUGAGUACCAAUCUACAAACAUCCUUGCCCACCAGUCUCAUUUUGUUCUCUGUAAAUUAAAGCAUAAAGCAGAUGAGAUUAUUGAUCAUUCACCUCCAGAUGAAGGUGAACCAAUUCGCCCUAAAGAUGCUGAAAUUGAAAAUCAUGCAGCUCAGGUCGCUGCAGAUGCAGAGCAAGUUCGGCAAUCUCGUAUCUGUCCUGCUGGGAUGGAUCCAGCAGGACUAAAGUCACAGAUGCACUUAAAACAAGGUGUUUCUGACGAGCAUUCGCUUCGCACCAAUUGCUGUGAUAAUCUACACAAGGGGUUGGAUUUGCAUUACACGAGCGACGAUGAUGUGGAUCCAAUAAAAUUGGCAGAUUCAUUUCUUGCUCUGGAUGAAUACUCCACUGAAAAAUAUGCAGAUGUCUCCAGUAAUGCCUGCAGGCUGCCAAAGCCAUUGAGCCGGAGUGACUUGGACACUGAAGACGUAGGCCACACUAAGCGUGUGAGAAAAUAUCAGCUGAGGCAAACUGUCGUAACCCCUUCUGAAACUCAGCCUUUUGGACAAGGAAUGGGUGAUCCUUAUUUUGUAGCAGUGACGGGGGCUCGCGCAGAAGGCUUAUCUGCAGCUACACUCGAUGAGGUCAAUCACAUUGGAUUAGCAUACAAACCUACAGCCAACAGAGGCGUCGCACAAUUUGCAAGUCUGGUAUCUAUGGACGAGGCUUUGGAAUUUAAGGAAAAUUGCUUGUCCGGGCAAGGACAGGGUCCAUGCUAUAGUCCUAAACAGAUCAACUGCCUUGAAUUAGUUCGUGAAGAGUUUCCAAAACGAGAGCAAUCACUAAAAUGCCGCAACUUCACAGAAGAUGAACUCAAGUCCAGCAGAGUGUCUAGGGUGAGAAAUUUAAGCUGCAGGUACAAAAAAAGGAAGCCAGAUUUGAAUCUCAGAUCAAGUGGGUCAUCAGACAAUAACUGGGAGUUUAGACCACAUUCCUCAUCAGUAUAUAUUAGCUCAUCGAAGCAUAGACCACAUUCCUCAUCAGUAUAUAUUGUUAAUGCAGUUGUUGGUCUAGUUUUGUUGAUUUUCAUUGUCAGGGAAAUGCAGAUUCGUCACUGAGCGAUGCUGCUCUCACCAGCAGCAACCCUCUUUUGUAAGGGCCUUAGACGGGAUAGACCUAAUAUUAUGUUGUCAAGUGAUACUUAAUAUUGUGACCUUAUUUAAGGGACAUGCAUGUCUGGCCUUAUAUAGACAUUUAUAUUUAACGUAGUUUCAAUAUUUUUCAA